UGCUCGCCCAGGGCUGGGUGCUCGCCGGGUGACUCUGCCGGUCCGCCCAGCCGCGGCGUGCAGGGAGACAGCACCCCCAGACCCACUCAGCACAGCACCCCGCUCGUCACCGGUGGGACCCUCGGCCAGCAGCUCCACCAGCCCCAGGGCAGCACAGGGUGUCACGGGGCCGUGGCACCCCCCUCCCCAAGCCCCCCCCCCGGCAUGGAUUCACCCUUCCAGCACCCCAAGGCCAGGGGCUUCGUCUCCAGCGCGGAGCUGAGCAUGAAGCAAGCAGUGCCAAGCACCCCAGGUCCCGAGGGCAGGUCCCGUUUCCAGAAGGUCUCUCUGGUGUCACGGCGGCUGGAGAAGACGGGGACCCCCCGGGGCCGGGAGGGGAGUCCCUCCCGCGUCUCCCUCCUGCUGCAGGCCUGGGAGAGGGAGAUCGUGGAGAAGACGGCGGCCACCCCACCACCCCGGGAGCGCUCGUCCUCCCUCAGCCCCCUCAAGGACUUCACCGCCCAUGGCCCCAUCUUCUCCCAGGUCUACUCCCCCGCGCAGAAGCCCCGGCGGCAGGACGAGAGGGGGAAGGCUGGGGGUGGUGGGGGUGUCCCCCCGCCGGUGGGCACCCCCCGUGAGGUGCCUGUGCACAGGGAGAGCUACGUCCACGGCACCCUCCUUCCCCCCGUACCCACCGAGCGCCCCACGGCGGGUCCCGGUGAGGGUCCCGGUGCCCCAAGUAGGGCUGAGCCCGGCUGUGUCCCUGCCCUGCCCCGUGCCAGGAAUGUCACUGUGCUGCGGACGGGCAGGGACGCAGCCGGUCCCGAGACGGGGCUGGCAGAAGGAAAGGAAGCCCAAAAUGAGAUGCAGGAUGCCACCGGUGCCACGACGACCCCACCACAGCAGGAGAACCAGGGGCAGGGUGGCAGCGGCUCGGCUGGGGACACAGCGGGCAGAGAGAGCUCGCCGGGCACCGAGGAGGCCACCGGGCUCCUGGAAGAGGGAUGCCCCGAGGAGAAAUGCUUGCCACAAGCUGAAGCCACGCUGGAGAACGCAACCCCCAGAGACGGCGACGGUCCUGGGGACCCACAAACCAGUAUAACCAGCCUCCGGCAGUGUCCCUCGGAGGAUGCUGGCGGCCAGGCUGAUCCGGCUGGUGCGGGAGAGGGAAGCACAGCAGAUGGGGAUGGCACCACUUCAGCCACGCCACCGAGGACAGAGAGCCCCCCGGGAGGCGGUGGCACCCCCGAAAACCCCUCCUCGGAGGUCACCAACAGUCCAGAGCCUUCAUCUGAAAGACCAGCAUCUCCAAAGGCUGAGGUUGAGUUGGAGGGGGACGAGAAGACAGGGGACUCCCAAAGCACAGCCCAAGAGCCCCAGAGCGGCCCAGAGCCCCCCGCCGAGCCCCCAGCCCAUGACCCACCAGCUGAGAGCCCCCUGGACACGGCUGAGGAGGACCCUGAGCUGCUGGUGGACAUGGAGAUCUUCGUGGACACGCUACGCAACAUGGAGCCCUCGGAGAUGCGGAAGGCACCCAAGGUCCCACGCCAGCCCCGGCCGUCGUCGCUGGGCCGUUGUGCCGCUCUGCCCCCCAUCCAUGAGGACCGUGUGGCCCCCCGUGCCCCCAUCUCCUUGCCCGAGGCCCUGCGGGACCUGCUGGCGCGGGGCCCGGUGGGGCGGCAGGAGGAGACCCCCGUGGAGGAGGUGGAGAUCGAGAACCCCUACCUGAGCCCCGCUGAGCGGGCGGCGAUGAGGUCCCACCAGAGGGUCCCCGGUGACGUUGUGGUCAGCGAUGGCCGGGUGGAGGGGGGCUCGCUCCUGGGGGUGCCAGGGCAGGUGGGAGGGGAGGAAAAGGCCAAACCGGUGGUUGGGGGGUUGGCCGAGAGGAGCGUGCUCUUCAGAGGGAACGUCCUCAAGGGCAUGGCGCUGCUCUCCCACUUCUUGGAGCACCGGGCGGCCGCGGCUGACGAGGGGAAGCCCUACUCACGUCUGGACAACAGCGUGCUCUACAGCCGCUUCGUGUCCCCCAGCACCGCCCUGCUCGAGAUGCCCAGCAGGGACAGGGGGGGCACAGGCUCACCCACCCCUGGGGACAACAAUGGACUGGGCUCUGGUGACCACCCCGGCCCUGAGAUGGCCAUGCUGGAAGCUCCGAGUGCUGGCCGUGUCCCUCCUCUCACUGGAGAGCUGGAGAGCACCAUGACCCUGUACCCCACUGAUGUCCUGCAGGAGGACAAGGAGAGCUUCAAGAAGAUCAACAGGAGACCUGGCAAGAUCAUCCUCUUCUCCGAGGCCGGCUUCACGGGCCAGAAACGGGAGAUUUGGGGUGAUGUCCCCGACGCCACGUCCUGGGAGCUCUCGCACACCAUCUCCAUCCGGGUCAUCCGAGGCGGGUGGGUGAUGUACGAGAAGCCCCGGUUCCACGGGCGCAAGUGCGUCCUGGCCGAGGGGGACGUGGAGAUCGACAACCCCUGGACGGCGUACGGGCAGAGCCAGCAGCCCCGCGGCCACCGGCCCUUCCGCAUCGGCUCCUUCAAGAGGGUGGUGCGGGAUUACCGCAUCCCGGAGAUCAGCCUGUUUGCGGAGGAGAACGGCGAAGGCGCCCGAUUGACCUUCACCGACUCGGCCGAGGACACCCGCACGCAGGGCCAGGCGCUCGCCGCCGCCUCCAUCAUCGUCCACUCGGGCCUGUGGCUGGUUUACUCCAAGCCUUUCUUCGACGAUGACCCCUACGUUUUGGAACCGGGCGGGUACCCCAAUUUAAAGGCUUGGGGAGCCAAGGACCCCUCCAUCUGCUCCAUGCACCCCAUCAGGCUGGGCUGUCCUGUUGUGGAGAGACCUGGCGAGCCUCAGGUGCUGAUCUACGAGGCCGCGGGUUUCCAGGGCCGCAGCUUUGCCAUCAACCGAGACAUCUACGACCUGAAGCGCCUGCCUGGGCCAGCACUGGCCACCGUGGGCUCCCUGCACGUCCUGGGUGGCUGCUGGGUCGGCUACGAGAAGGAGGGCUUCCGCGGCCACCAGUACCUGCUGGAGGAAGGGGAGUACCAGGACUGGAAGCAGUGGGGUGGCUACAACCAGGAGCUGGUGUCCUUACGGCUGAUACGGACGGACUUCUCUGACCCGGCGCUGGUCCUCUUUGAGGCCAUGGACUUUGAGGAAGGUCCAAGUGUGGAGCUGAGCGAGGCGCUGCCCGACACGCAGCUGGCCGGCUACGGCACCAUCACCCAGUCCAUCCACGUGCUGAGCGGCGUGUGGGUGGCCUACGAGGGCACCAACUUCUCGGGCGAGCAGUACAUCCUGGAGAAGGGGGUGUACCGCAACUGCGAAGAUUGGGGUGCCAGCGACUGCCGCAUCGCCUCGGCGCAGCCCAUCCUGCAGGUCGGAGAACGCAACCUCCACUUCGUCUCCAAGAUCCUGCUCUUCUCAGAGCCUGAUUUCUUGGGGGACCACGUCGCCUUCGAGGAGGACCAGGAUGCCCUGCCUGAUGCCUUCAUCCCACGCUCCUGCAGAGUCCGGGGGGGCAGCUGGAUCCUGUUCGACGGGCAGGACUUUGCGGGGGACCAGCACGUGCUCUCCGAGGGCGAGUACCCCACGCUCAGCGCCAUGGGCUGCCUCUCCUCCACCACCAUCCGCUCCUUGAAGAAGGUCCCAGUGUUUUUCUCGGAGCCCUCCAUCUUCUUGCACGGGCUGGAGUGUUUUGAGGGGAAGGAGAUCGAGCUGAACAGCGAAGUGCGGAGCCUGCAGGCAGAGGGCUUCAACAACCACGUGCUGUCGGUGCGCGUCAAAGGCGGGAUCUGGGUGCUGUGUGAACACGGUGACUUCCGCGGGCGCCAGUGGCUGCUGGACUGCACCGAGAUCACCAACUGGCUGACGUACAGCGGGCUCCAGCACGUGGGGUCCCUCUACCCCAUCCGCCAGAGACGGAUCUAUUUCCGCAUCAGGAGCCGGGAGCUGGAGCUCUACCUCUGCGUCCCCGACGACGUGGAGGACAUGAAAGCAGGACGGGUGGUGGUCUCCAGCUUGAGCGAGCAGAGCAGCUCCGUCUGGUACUACGAGGAGGGGCUGAUCAAAAACCAGGUGGCCCCCAACAUGAGCCUGCAGGUCAUCGGGCCGGCCGGGAAGGGCGCGAAGGCCGUGCUGUGGUCCGAGACUCGGAUGCCCCGUCAGACCUGGAGCAUCGAUUCUCAGGGACGGAUCCACAGCCAGAUGUUUGAGGACAUGAUCCUCGAUAUAAAGGGUGGUCGAUCCUACGACCGGGACCACGCCAUCGUUUGGGACAUGGCUGAGGAAAGACCCACGCAGAUCUGGGACAUUCAGGUGCUAUGAGGGGGUGGCGAGUGGCCCUUGUGCCCAGAAGUGCCACUGGGCAGGAUGGGGACACCCUACCAGUGUCCUCACACCAGGGCAGGAGGCCUCCUACCCCAAACACCCCUUGCUCCGGCCGCUGGCGUGAAGGAUGCCCACCAUCCCCUCCAUCAUGAGGGGGAACCACCCCAUCUCCCUCCCGGCGAGCUCCAUACGUGGCUCAUGAAGGACCCCACAACCGACGUGGAACCCUCCAGAGAGUGGAGAACCUCCCUCCCCACCAGCUCCCCCCU